UCUCCUCGAGUCCCCCGCGGCGGUAGAGAGGGUGUCUCCUCUCAGCGGAGGAGAGCGGACCUCUCCUGCACCUGUCCCCUCAGCGGUGCUGCCAAAGCCAGAAACCGGAAGUUGGAAACUGGAACUCGGCUUCACAAUGAGGCUUGGAGUGCAGGUGCAGCCGCUCCAUCCAUCAUCUGUCCUCGCCGCUCGCCACACAGGAAUUUCUCCUCGCAUUUGGUGAGUGGGCGAGUGGCUUUUUCAAGCCCUGCUAUACAGUAUACUAUA